UCCCCACGGGCUGCUUUCGCCGACCGUCUCACCGCAGACUCUUUUUGGGUGGCGGCUGUAUCAUCUUGUUUUGUCAUUACCUUACAUACACUGUAUCUCUCACUUCUUACUGGCCAAUACCUUGUAUCAUGCAGUAUCCGUAAUACGCUUACAUCUCCAAUACCCCAGCUUCAUCCUCCUCGCCCCCGCAGAACAUCUUCGUCCUCACCGUUGACCAGACUUUACUCCCCGGUAUGUUGUUCGGUUCGGGAUGCGACGAAAAAAAAAACUGCUCUCUGAUUCCGGGGCUGAGAGAUUACCCAGCUAGGACCUCCCUAUAAAUAAUCGAGUUGCUCCUCGGUCUUUACAAAAAUGGCCGUUCUUCUCAGACGUAAUAUAUUCUGGUUGAGUCGCCAAGCGUUGGAUCGGUCAAUAUGCAUAUCUUGGUGGUCAACGAUGACGGGCCUCCGUGCAAUCGUCUCUCUCCAUACAUUCGUCCCUUUGUCAACGCGCUCGAAGAUGCAGGCCAUCUCGUCUCAGUAGCCAUCCCAGCCGCCUCGCGAUCCUGGAUCGGCAAAGCGCAUCUCAUCGAAGCAUCCCUGAAAGCCACCUACGUGCCCCCAAAUGCCUUUCUCGACGAUGGAACCUGGGACGCCAACUACCACCACCACACCGACUCAACCCCCAAUGAAAACCAAAAUGACUGGGUAGUCAUCACCAACGGCACCCCCGCCAGCUGCACCCAACUCGGCCUCUUCAACCUCUUCGCCGAACGCGGUCCCAUCGACCUCGUCAUCUCCGGCCCCAACCACGGCCGCAACGCCUCAACCAUCUACAACCUCUCCUCCGGCACCGUAGGCGGCGCCCUCGAAGCAGCCACAUGCGGGAAGCGCGGCAUCGCCGUCUCCUUCGGCAGUAAAGACCCGCAGCCCAUCGAGAUCAUCCGCGCAGCAGCCAGACUCUCCGUCAAGGUCAUCCUGCAUCUCUACCGGAACUGGGACGAGCGCGUCGAAUUGUAUAACCUCAACGUGCCCAUGCGCGAGGAUGUCGAGUCGCGCCCUGUUCGCUACACCCGCGCUCUGCCCUACUACUGGUCCAAGGGUUGUCUGUAUACGGAGCUAUCCAGUAAUGGCGAGAAAAUGGUCAAUGGAGACGCAGCGCAUGCGCAGGUAAACGGCACCUCCAAGGCUGUCAAUGGAACCGCCGCAGCGCACUCGGGUCUCAAAGAGCGCAGCUUCGCCUGGUCGGCUGAUUUGUCUGAUAUGAAGAAGAACCUGCAGUCAAGUGAGGAGGGCACUGAUGCGCAUACCGUGCUGAACGGUAGUACCAGUGUCACUCCAUGGCUUGCAAAUUUCUCGCAUAUUCCCGGUCUCGACGGUUCGUUGGAACUUGAUGAAUAAUUUUAUGAGAUACAUAGAUACAUACCUAGAUACCCGCAAAG